UUUUUUUUUACUUUGAUGAGAGUACAAUACUACGUUGCUUCGUAAUGGUUGGAGGCUUAGGGUUGUGGGAGGGGUUUCUGAAAGGUUUAUUUGCUUGUCAUCCCAUCUUUCACUUUGUAAACAAUAGCCUAUAAAAUAGUGGAUGAGGGGUUGUCUCUUUAGUACCUCCAUAGGUUUUUUUCUCCAGCCGUUUAAAGUUAUGUUAAAAAACAUUGAUUAUAGUCUACAGUUCUAAUGAGCGAGUCGGCUUAAUAGGAUCUUCCCUUGGGACAGUCUGCAAGUGUAUGACAAGCGUACACGAAAACCACAGAACCAUGGUUACAGACAUGGACCACAUUAAGAGCAAGAUGAAGAUUAGUCAGAAUCUGUAAAAAUUAAAAGACACAUUGUUACUAAAGUUACUUCUACUUUAACUACUUUUACAAUUGUUGCAGCAGGAACCGUCCCUCUGUGACCGUAUUGAAAAUAUCAAGUACCCUAAACCAAACACUUCAAGGCCUUGUGUGCCUUCCGCCUUCCCCCAGCUGACUGCUGCUAGGCAACCUAGAAAUGGCGCAAUACUGAAUCGGUUCCUUUACUCUGAAUUAUUGCCAGACAGUGACACUGACGGGGAGGAAGAAGUACCCAUCGCCCAUCGCGCGGCUGCCAUUGGUGACGUCACACGUCUCGCGCAGGUCGUGCAGCAGGACCCGAGCAUGCUGGAAAUGCAAAAUAUAGCAGGGCUGACCCCUCUGGCCCAAGCCGUACACUGCCAGCAGAUGGCGGCAGUCAAACGUCUGGUCAAGAUGGGCGCCGACAUCAACGCCCAGGACGGACUCGGCAGAACCUGCUUAUGCAUCGCAUCCUACCAGGGGUGGCAUGAAGGGGUGGUCUACCUGCUGCGCAAUGGAGCGCGACAGAACAUCUGUGACAAGGCCGGACGAUACCCUGUCCAUACAGCGACAUACAACAGGGAUGUUAGGACUCUGUCAGCUUUGGUGCAAAUGCUGUCGAAAGCGGAGAUUAAUCAACAAGACAAUGAGCUGAUGAGUCCUGUCCACUGGGCAGCGUUCCACAAUCGACCCGAGCACCUGCACCUGCUAAUGGAGCGUGGCGGUGACGUCAUGGCAACCGACACAGAUGGCAAGAUGGCGCUGCACUGGGCAGCUCAGAACGGUUCAAAGGAGUGCUGUCGUCUACUCACAUCGUUUAAGGACAGCGCGUGCUCACUGUUUGCGGCAGACAACUCCGGCAAGACUCCGGUGCAUUACGCCGCCGCUGCGGGUCACGCUGACCUUCUCAGGCUGCUCGCGCAGUGUCCCGGAUGUGACGCAGAGGCUGAAGACCCUGACGGCAGGACUCCACUUCACUGGGCGGCAGCCAUGGGGCAUGCGCAGUGUGUCGAGGUCUUACUGGAGGUCGGCGUGAGGGUUAAUGUCAAGGACGUUGAUGGCGGCACGCCAAUGGCCUAUGCCCGUCAGUCUGGAAACACAGAAUGUGGCCGCUUGCUGGAGCACGCGCUCCGCCUCACUGGGGACUGGCAUGAGAACAAGCAACGGCGCCGUGAAUCGGACAAGAACAGCAUCUCGAGGUUGCCAUGGAAUCCACUGACCUUCAUCAAGUGUCUAUUCGCCUCACGCAGCAAAGAUGGAAACAUCAACCAUUCACACUUGGCUUCCAGUUCGUUGCCACACGCGCCACCAUUGACACAAACUGUGAUAACAGGCCUGGGUGAGGGUGGUGGUGAGGGUAACGGGUGCUCUCAAUCACAAGACGAUUCACGAGGGAGAUGGAGAUGGCCCUCCGAGGAGAGUAGUUCUCAGCCCUGCUAUGACACCUUCAGCAUGUAGUCUGUACAGAGACUUCUUGUCUACAGCUUGUAGUCUAUACGAAGACUUCUUGUCUACAGCUUGUAGUCUACACGAAGACUUCUUGUCUACAGCUUGUAGUCUAUACAGAGACUUCUUGUCUACAGCUUGUAGUCUACACGAAGACUUCUUGUCUACAGCUUGUAGUCUACACGAAGACUUCUUGUCUACAGCUUGUAGUCUACACGAAGACUUCUUGUCUACAGCUUGUAGUCUAUACGAAGACUUCUUGUCUACAGCUUCGUUGCGUUUUUCCACGUUUCCAUGAGUCCUGACCCGGAAGUAACAAACUUAGCAGAAAGUUUCGGAUUUUUUUCUUUGAUUUUUAUUUUUUAUUGAGACAACCAGACUUGGGACCGUGGUCAGGACAUCUGCCUACUCCCAGAAUUACUUAUUUCCUAAUGCCUGCAACCGCAGCUGGAAGCCCCACUGAAGACAUGGACCCAUCUUUACGGGUUGGUUUUGUGUAAGAGGGAGACAGCGCGAGAGAAAGAGAAAGUGAGGGAGUGAGAGUGAGAGAUAAUGUGAGGGAUGACCACAUAAUGAUCGGUAGAUUGUAAACUGUCCGUGAAAGAGAGGUAAAGCAGGAGGACGUGUAGUUGAAAACAGUUGCAGACUAAGUUCAGUGUUGAUUAAUGUGGGGUCUGGCCUCAUUUUCAAGACCUAAAAUGGACACAAGCCAAAGGAGAUUGAUGGAAGCUAAGUCGCGCUGUCUCCCUCACUGUCCCAUUCUCAUUCUUACAUUCACUCUCCAUCCUCUUAGCCUGUGAAACAAAUAAGAUCUUGUCACAUUCUGUGCAACAUUUCAAUUUUUAAAUUUAAAAUUGUAUUCUGUC